AUGCCAUUCAGUUUAGUCAGAAUCGAUGAAGAUGAUGUGUUAGAAUACGUUUUUGAAAGAUAUACUGCGAUCAAUUCAGACGCCGAUUCUAUACGCCAGGACCUGGGGAUUCAAGAUUCUAAAUCAACUACUCUAAAUAUUGAAAUUGCUCCACCAAAAUCUUUAAUCAAUGAUACCAAUAUAACUAAAAAAGGCAAAAAAAAGAAAGGUAAUAAGAGCUCAUCGGAUUAUGAUUUUUAUUCAUUUGAAAUAAAACAAAAUGUUACCAGUUUGCAUUCAACUCGUGAUAACGACAAUUCAACUACCGGCUAUGUCUUAUGGUCUCUAACACCUGUAUUUUGCGAAUGGCUACUAUAUAACGAACAGGCAUCACCUUUACACCGUGCUCAAAUGGUUAACAUAUGCUCAUUAGAGAAGAAAAUUAUACAUGAUAUUGAGUUUCCAUCCUUAUUGAAUGAGGACACAACGGUAAUUGAACUCGGAUCUGGUAUUUCUUCAGUUUUACCCAUUCUCUGCAGUAACUUUGUUGGAACUUAUAUAUGUACAGACCAAAGAGGAAUUCUGAAUGGGUUGAAACAGAACAUUGCGAAUAACCUUGACCUAGUGAAUAAGCGCACUAUAGUAUCUGAAACUUUAGACAUUUCUAAUAUCCAAGAACAACCAACAAACUCUGACGACGAAACAAUACCUAUUAAACCCACUACUCAACUAGAAGUAGCAAUUUUGGACUGGGAAACUUUUCCCAAAUCUAUCAAGAGUGGAUCAUCAAAUAUAUUGACAGAUUUUGUGAAACCACACGGGACGAUAUUUCUAUUGGCAUUGGAUGUAAUCUACAAUGAAUAUCUGAUCAACCCAUUUUUGCACACAUUACACUCGAUAAUGUUCUACUACAAGAACCAAAGGGAGAUCGUUGCUCUUGUUGGGAUACAUCUCAGAUCAGAUGACAUUGUACAGGAAUUUUUGGAGAAAGUAACUACAGAAUUUCCUUUCAAAUUACAUGUCGUUGAUGACCCACAAUGGUCUCAUUCCCGCUAUGACAUAUACUACAUCACUCUCUAA